GUUAACCAACCAUGAAUGCACGCAUUAACCUGCUUCUGGUAUUGGUCUUUGGAUUUCCCAGCCUUCAAGUUUCGGCUGCUAGUUGUUCCAAAUCUAAUCCAAGUCACACGCUCUGCUUACCAGCAAAGGGAACAAGUUGUUCCACCGAUUCAAAAACUAACUUGCAGCUGUCCAAACAAGAUCAAUCCACAAUUCUAAGAUUCCACAACCACGUUCGGAGCAAAUUUGCUUUGGGUAUGAUUUCUGAGUUUCCACCGUCUUCCAACAUGGUGGCACUCAAAUGGAACGACGACUUAGCGGAAGUUGCCCAACGUUGGGCCAACCAAUGCGUUGACGACCACGACGAAAAUAGGUCGCUUCCACAAUAUCCGCGAGUUGGACAGAACCUCUUUUCGUCUUGGAAGUGGCCCUCCGAUGGUUCUGUCGUGGUUCCCAUCCAACAAAGCAUUCAAGGAUGGCUCGACGAGCUCAGUUUGUUCAAAGACCUUGGUUAUAACAUCAGUCGGGUGGUCAACUUUGGCGGCAUUGGUCACUUUACUCAGAUGAUCUGGGCUCAAACCACCAACGUUGGAUGCGGAUUCUCGGGUUUUGAGAGCGACGGAGGCUGGACCAGACUACUUGUUUGCAACUAUGGACCAGGCGGCAAUGUGCGCCAAAAUGGCGUUGCAUCGGUUUACAAGGUGGGCCCACCCUGUUCAGAGUGUCCGGGUGGUUCAAGUUGUGAAAAAGGCUUGUGUUCAUGAGAUUUAUUAAGUUUUUUUGACAUGACGUUGAGCCAACUUGGCCGCUUCUUAAGACAAAUAUAAAGAAGGAAUGGGAAACGGA